AAAAUAACAAAUUAAUUGGUAAAGUCUAGAUAAAUUUAAUGCCCGGAAGUACCUAAAACGACAGUCGUCCGGUGUAAACAUGACGAGUGACGCGUACCAGUGCGCAGCUACCAACGCGCAGCAUUUGAACAUUCAUAGUUCGAUCGGCCAUAUUGUCCUCCGGGUCUUACACAACGCCCUCACACGAACAUUCUCGACUUUACGAGGUAAGCGAAUAUUUCGAGGUUUCGUGCAGCAAGCGAACUUAGCACAACGUGGAAACUUAAUUCCGUGUGAAGAAAUACGAUUUUAAGCGAUAUUUGAAGAGACUUGUGGCCGCCGGUCGCGAACAAAACGCAAAAGAUUGACUAAUGAGAGAAAGUACAUUUGUAUGAGUUAAUGAUCUGACCAUGACAAGUAACGUAGCAGCAAUUAAGUUAGAAGAGGGGCAAGAAUCCGUAACAGAAAUACAGACUUAUUUAGAAACAUUUAAUAAAGAAAUAGAAGGAGGUCAGGGAGAGCAAUUACAACAUGUACAAUUACAACAAGUGGAAGGAUUGUCAGGUGGAGAAGAGGGUGGGACUUAUUUUGUUGAUCAAUCUGGCCAAUAUUAUUAUCAAGCAAAUAAUGAUGAAACACCUGUGAUGACACAGGUACAAAUUCAAGAAGUAGAAGAAACAGAUGUACAAAAUGAUGGAGAAACAGCUCAAGAAGAACAAUAUAAUGAAAUUGAAGAAUUAGAAAAUGUUGAUGGUGAUGAAGAUAGUCAUGUAACUAAUGGUGGAAAUAAUCAAGUUGUAAUCAAUUCUGGAGAUGCAUAUCAAACAGUUACUAUUGUACCAUCUGAUACAAAUCCAGGAGAAGUUAGUUAUGUAUUAAUAGUUCAGCAACCUGAUGCUGAAGACAAAGAAAGCAGACCUGUAGAACGAGAGGGAACAGAAGGAGACGAAGGGGAAGGGGAACAAGACCUUACAGUUUAUGACUUUGAAGAUAAUGAAGAUAAUGAAGCACCUGUGGAAUCAGAAGCAGAAGAUGAUAAAACAAAAAUUAUUAAAUUUUUACCUAAAAAGUCUCAAACUGUUACUCAAGCUCAUAUGUGUAAUUAUUGUAAUUACACAAGUCCGAAAAGAUAUCUAUUAUCACGGCACAUGAAAUCACAUUCUGAAGAAAGACCACAUAAAUGUAGUGUUUGUGAAAGAGGAUUUAAAACAUUAGCUUCGCUUCAAAAUCAUGUUAAUACACAUACUGGGACCAAACCACAUCGUUGUAAAUUUUGUGAUAGUGCAUUCACAACUUCUGGUGAACUUGUUAGACAUGUUCGAUAUAGACAUACUCAUGAAAAACCACAUAAAUGUCAUGAAUGUGAUUAUGCAUCUGUUGAAUUAUCUAAGCUCAAACGUCAUAUACGAUGUCAUACAGGGGAACGUCCAUAUCAGUGUCCACAUUGUACAUAUGCAAGUCCUGAUACUUUUAAAUUAAAGCGACAUUUGCGUAUACAUACCGGAGAAAAGCCAUAUGAGUGUGAUUUUUGUCAAGCAAGGUUUACCCAAUCUAAUAGCUUAAAAGCUCAUAAAUUGAUACAUAAUGUUGGUGAUAAACCAGUAUUUCAGUGUGAAUUAUGUCCAACCACUUGUGGAAGAAAAACAGAUCUCAGAAUUCAUGUACAAAAAUUACAUACCUCUGAUAAACCUUUGAAAUGUAAACGUUGUGGAAAAACAUUCCCAGAUAGAUAUAGCUAUAAAUUACACAGUAAAACUCACGAAGGAGAAAAAUGUUAUAAAUGUGAUUUGUGUCCAUAUGCUUCUAUAUCUGCGCGUCAUCUUGAAAGUCACAUGUUAAUUCAUACCGAUCAGAAACCAUAUCAAUGUGAUCAUUGCUUUCAAUCCUUCAGACAAAAACAACUUCUCAAACGGCAUUGUAAUUUGUAUCAUAAUCCUUCUUAUGUUCCCCCUCCACCACAAGAGAAAACACAUCAAUGUCCCGAAUGUGAACGACCAUUUAGGCAUAAAGGUAAUCUUAUUCGACAUAUGGCUGUUCAUGAUCCAGAAUCAUCUCUUCAAGAAAAACAACAAGCAUUGAAGAUGGGUAGACAGAAAAAGAUUCAAAUUAUAGAUGGACAAAGAGUUGAAGUCAUGACAGGUGAUUUAGCUUCUAAACUUAAAGGUUAUGAAGAAGAAGAAGAUGAUGAAGACGAUAUGAUGGCAGUUGAAGGGAGCGAUGGACAACAAUAUGUUGUAUUGGAAGUUAUACAGUUAGCUGACAAUCAAGGAACUGAUCAGCAAAUGGCUGUUGUAGCUAGCGAGGAUGGAGAUUUGGUGAUGCAAGAUCCUCUGAGUCAAGAAAGUGGAAUUGUAACUGGUACAGGAGAAGAAAUUGAUGAUGGAGAAGAAGAAGAAGUAGAAAUGGAUGAGUUAAAAAUUGAACCAGGAACAACUAAUAAAUCUCAAAAUACACAAAAUGAUCCAAAAUUACAGAAAGAGAUGGAAACCUGUUUUGGUUUUGAUGAAGAAGAAGAAGAAGAGGAAGAAGCUAAUGGUAAUAUAAAUAUACUGCAGACAAUUUCAUAAUAUAUAUAAGAAGAAGGAAUUCAAGGAAAUCCAUCUAUGUAAUAGUCACAUGUUUUAUCUCUCUCGCAGUAAUAAGGUAUAUACUGUGAGUGCAAUUUAAUAUUAUUUAAAAACUCUGUGCAUAGCUCCAAUGGAGCCAAUUUUCGGGGCCAGUGCGGUCUACAUGAAUGGUACAAGAACAUUUUUUGCCACUAGUGCAUUAGAUGUACGUAAUAAUUUAUAAAGAAAUAGUAGUUUUGUGGUUUAGUGAAAUAUGAAGAAUGUACAAUUACAAUAAUGUAAAAUAUUAUUUUACUUUAUUAUCAGUAAAAAAAUUGUCCUUCAAAAAUUGUAAACCGACAAAACUGUUAUUAAUGAAAACAGAUAUAUUAGCAACGUAGAUUGGUAUAAUAUUUUUAAAUCAGUUAUUUAAUAUAAAGCAUGUAGCAAAAUAUUUGAAUUUAUUGAUAUCAUUCAUUGUUGGAAUGUGGUUAAUGGAACUGAAAUUACAGAAUAAAAUGAGGCUGCAGUGUAUAUAAA